AUGCGCGCUGCAUUUGUCGUCCUCGCACUGUCUUUCUUCGCAGUUGCCCGUCCCUUUGUCGGCGACAUCGAUGUCCGAUCAGUGGAUGAGGCUAGCCUUCAGUCAACCCCAGAGACAUUGCGUAAAAUUGUGGGUGCGCUCAAGGACACAGUGAAGACCCAAGGCAAGGCCUUGCUCUCCGAUCUGGCUGGAAAAGCCUGCGACCAUGUCCAAGCCAAAUUGGCAACUAGAGAAGUCGAUAGUAGUGACCUAGAAAACACUAUCGAUGCGGUCGCGGACAAGAUGUACGAGGAAUGGAUUGCCGAGCAUGAUGCGACUACGCUCGAGGACAGCGGUAUGUUCUUGAAGAACUUGGCCACUGCUCUCGGAGGUGCAGUACAAAAAACAAUCAAGGGCGCCGCUUCCGACUUGGUAGGCCAGGGAUGUGAGGAAGUUCAGGCGAAGCUUAACGCUUAG